CAAAAAACUGAAUCCUUGUAAUAAUUUUCUUUGUUCUUUUAAAUCUUUUUUGCUUGUUUGCAAGGGGAUAUUUUUAUAGCAAUUCUUGGGUUUUGUCCUUUAUAUUAAUUUCCCUUUGACUUUCUAGUCUUUUGACUCUUUUAUUUUACACACUAUUCUUUUUAUUUUGACAGUUGCUGUUCUUGUCCGUUAUAAAUUGUGUAUUUGAUUCUGCCUACGCACUCUCACUUCCUCUCUUUUUUCGCUCUGUUUCGUUCUUGUUUUAUUUGUCUUCAACAAACUUAAACUCAUACUCAUAUACACUUACAAAAUUUUCAAAAUUUCCUAUUUCAACUCUAUAUAUCCACGAAAAAAACUAGCAAAUUCUCUAGCAUCUUGUGUAUCCCGCCUCUUAACAAGAAAGCUAUUUUUCAUUUCAUUUUUCUAUUUUUCUAUUUUUCUUUUCUAUUCAUUUUAUAUCUUUCACAAAAAACUACAGCCUGUUGACCAUGUCGGACGAGAUAUCAUUCAAAGUCUCUGCAAUGAAUAUCAGCCAGGCAUCGGAGACAGCAGCGGCAGUGACCAAGGAAAAAUACGCCAUCGACGAGUCGCUCUUCGACAUGCUCGUGGACAAAGCCAGCAGCAAUGCGCCCAAUGACAUUACUGACGACACACCCGAGUCAAUGGAAACCGAGCGUGCACUCAAGCAGCGGCUUCUGGCUCCAACCACAGAUGACCUAGAGUACCUGGCCAAGCUCCUUGCCAAUCGGCUAGACGAGGGCCAGGGCGAGAUAAUGCUGGAGGUCGGCGGAUGCGAGGGCGAGUUUUCAAUGGCUCUGAUUGACUCCGAUGUCUCCGCCGUCACCGUUGCGUUGGGCAAAGCUGCCGAACUUUCGUCGGUGGACGCGUUUGUCCAGCUACUGUAUGACAGUGGGGCGGCUGCAGGGUCGCCCUCGAUGGCUCAGCAGGUGCGCACAGCCUACUAUUUGGUCCGGCGCAAACCGAGCGGCGUCGAGCAUAUGCUCGAGGUGCGCGUUGCUGUGGUCGGCAACGUCGACGCCGGCAAAAGCACAAUGCUGGGCGUGUUGACCCAGGGCCAUCUCGACGACGGGCGCGGCAAAGCGCGUGUGGCACUGUUCCGGCACCAGCACGAGCUCGACUCUGGACGCACAUCGUCGGUUGGGCUGGAGAUCCUUGGCUUUGACAAAAUAUCAGGUGCGCCUGUCCGCCACACAACCGACAACCACCGACGUCUGGGCUGGGACGCAGUCUGCAGGCGGUCAUCCAAGCUUGUAUCCUUCUUGGACCUGGCCGGGCACGAAAAAUACUUGAAAACAACGGUAUUUGGUAUGGCUGGCGGGGCGCCUGACUUUGUCAUGCUGAUGGUGGCGGCUAACGCGGGACUGACCGGAAUGGCGCGCGAGCAUCUGGGGCUGGCCCUGGCCCUGAACAUCCCGGUCUUCGUCAUCAUCACCAAAAUCGACAUGUGUCCGCCAAACGUCCUCGACGCAACGCUGAAGGAGCUCACUCGGGUGCUGCGCAGCUCUGGGUGCCGCAAGAUCCCAAUUGCCGUGAAGGACCGCGCGUCGGUCGUUAUGGCGGCGUCCAAGUGCAUCAACCAGCGGGUGUGCCCGGUGUUCCAGAUCAGCAACGUGACCGGCGAGGGGGUCGAUUGCCUGCAGACUUUCCUCAACAUCCUGCCGAUCAACUGCAACGUGCAGAUGCAUUUCGACAUCAACGAGGUGUUUGCCGUUCCCUUUGUCGGCACAGUUGUCUCGGGCAUUGUCACCAGAGGCACAAUGCGUCCCAACGACAACGUGUGGAUUGGCCCAGACUUUAACGGCAACUUCUCCUCUGCUGUGGUCAAAACCGUUCACCGCAAGCGCGUCGAGGUGCAGACCGCAUACGCCGGCCAGAGUGUCUCGAUGGUCCUGAAAAAGGUUAUGCGGUCGCAGGUGCGCAAGGGGAUGGUGUUGUUAGGCAAGCUGGCAAGCGGCGGGGCCGAGAUGGCCUGCCCGCAGCAGCUAUCCAGGACGUUCGAGGCUGAGAUUGUUGUCCUGUACCAUUCGACGACAAUCACAAAAAAGUACCAGGCCAUGGUCCACUGCGGCUCCGUGCGGCAGACUGCCCGGGUGCUGUCCAUUGAGCAUGCCGACAGCAACAACGAGUCGUUGCUGCGCACGGGUGACCGGGCAAGGGUUGUCUUCCAGUUUAUCAGGCACCCCGAGUUCAUUGCCGCUGACAGCCGGCUGAUUUUCCGCGAGGGCCGCACUAAGGGCCUGGGUAAGGUUUUGCGUAUUCUGGAUAGGGCCGAGGAGCGCAACGCUGUGUUCAAGGCCACAGAUGGCACCAUGGCGUUUGACCAGCGCUCAAUAAAGGCGCAUCGCGAGGCCAUGCGCCACAAAAACGCCCAGGCGGUAGCUUCAGGGUCAGAUAAGAAGAAGAAGAAAAAGAGAAGUGCCGCUGCUGCUGCUGCCGCUGCCGCUGCUUCUGCUGCUGCCGCUGCUUCUGCUCCUGCUCCUGCUCCUGCUCCUGCUCCUGCUGCCGCCAGCAAUAACAGCACUGCCAACGCACCCAAGAUAUCUGCGAAUUAA